AUGACGAGGUGGGCUCUACCGAUGCUUUUGGUCCUGAUGCUGGGUAGGGUCCUGGCUGCCCCAGUGACCCCUCUCCCAGUCUUCCAGCUGCUCCUGCAGAACCGUUCCCAGACCACUCCCAGUCCUGCAGCCUGGGAGAGCCCCCCAGCCACCACCACGGGCCCCCCAGCUACCUGGGGCUACCGCAGCCCCAGCGCCCGCCACAACCCCCGCAUCACCCUCUCACUGGAUGUCCCCAUCGGCCUCCUGCAAGUCUUACUGGAGCAGGCCCGGACCAGAGCCGCCAGCCAACAGGCUGCCACCAACGCCCGUGUCCUGGCCCAGGUUGGCCGCCGCUGA